CAGGGGGCUCCAUGCGCCGUCGUCGCAACGCGGAAGGCUGCCACGCGGAAAUGAAUACCCGUACAUGAUAGAAAAAUUGCAAAGCGUAGAAAUUUUCAUGGGGAGAAACGAACCUUGCUGGAAUUCUUUUUAACAGGAUUAAAAAAGGGUUCCGGGCAACUCUUUGGACCACCCCCACGAGAAACGGAUAUGGUUACACCCGCGUCCGCGCGCGCGCGUCGGUUGCAUCACCCGCCAGCAAGGGGCCUCUCGUGCGGCUGCCCUCAGCGUUGCCUGCACAAAUAUCCAACAGGACGGCUACGAAUAGAUCUCGAAACUUCGCCUGGUGUUUUCUAGUCAGCCUGCUGGCAGGCACAAUACAAAUUCAUCAAGAUAGAAAUCUAAGCGGCAAGGCCUCCGCUGCGCCGACCAUCCUCCUCUCCCAGGCCUGAGCCCUAGUCGGCCUUCCUGCCGCUGCGGCCCCGCCCCGCAAGCGGGGGCCUGCUCACCGCCAGGCCGCCGUCAGGGCCACUUCCUUCCUCUCCGGGCAAGAUGGCGGGGGGCGAGGCUGGUGUGACUUUAGGGCAGCCGCAUCUUUCUCGGCAGGAUCUCGCGACUUUGGAUGUUACCAAGUUGACACCACUUUCACAUGAAGUGAUCAGCAGGCAAGCCACAAUUAACAUAGGUACAAUUGGUCAUGUAGCUCAUGGGAAAUCUACAGUCGUAAAAGCUAUUUCUGGAGUUCACACUGUCAGGUUCAAAAAUGAACUAGAAAGAAAUAUUACAAUCAAACUUGGCUAUGCUAAUGCUAAGAUUUAUAAACUUGAUGACCCAAGUUGUCCUCGGCCAGAAUGUUACAGGUCCUGUGGAAGUAGUACACCUGAUGAGUUUCCUACAGACAUUCCAGGGACCAAAGGGAACUUCAAAUUAGUGAGACAUGUUUCCUUUGUUGACUGUCCUGGCCACGAUAUUUUGAUGGCUACAAUGCUGAAUGGUGCCGCAGUGAUGGAUGCAGCUCUUCUGUUGAUAGCUGGUAAUGAGUCUUGUCCUCAACCUCAGACUUCUGAACACCUGGCUGCUAUAGAAAUCAUGAAACUGAAGCAUAUUUUGAUUCUACAAAAUAAAAUUGACUUGGUAAAAGAAAGCCAGGCUAAAGAGCAGUAUGACCAAAUCCUUGCAUUUGUACAAGGUACAGUAGCAGAAGGAGCUCCUAUUAUUCCUAUUUCUGCUCAGCUAAAAUACAAUAUUGAAGUUGUCUGUGAGUACAUAGUAAAGAAAAUUCCAGUACCUCCAAGAGACUUUACUUCAGAACCCCGACUUAUUGUUAUUAGAUCCUUUGAUGUCAACAAACCUGGCUGUGAAGUUGAUGACCUCAAGGGAGGUGUAGCUGGUGGUAGUAUUCUAAAAGGAGUAUUAAAGGUGGGCCAGGAGAUAGAAGUCAGACCUGGUAUUGUUUCCAAAGAUAGUGAAGGAAAACUCAUGUGUAAACCAAUCUUUUCCAAAAUUGUAUCACUUUUCGCAGAGCAUAAUGAUCUUCAGUAUGCUGCUCCAGGAGGUCUUAUUGGAGUUGGAACAAAAAUUGACCCCACUUUGUGCCGGGCUGACAGAAUGGUGGGGCAGGUACUUGGUGCAGUUGGAGCUUUGCCUGAGAUCUUCACAGAAUUGGAAAUUUCUUAUUUCCUGCUUAGACGGCUUCUGGGUGUACGCACUGAAGGAGACAAGAAAGCAGCAAAGGUGCAAAAGCUGUCUAAGAAUGAAGUGCUUAUGGUGAACAUAGGAUCCCUGUCAACAGGAGGAAGAGUUAGUGCAGUCAAGGCUGAUUUGGGCAAAAUUGUUUUGACUAAUCCUGUGUGCACAGAAGUAGGAGAAAAAAUUGCCCUUAGCCGAAGAGUUGAGAAACACUGGCGUUUAAUUGGUUGGGGUCAAAUAAGAAGAGGAGUGACAAUCAAGCCAACAGUAGAUGAUGACUGAAGAGUUAAAUAAUGGAUUUGGAUGAAGUUGGAAUUUCUCUUAACAACCUAGGGGUAUAUUUUCAAAGCAAUAGUGGGGAAUUAAUUUCACAGCUCAUUACCUUAGUAGUAGCUGUAAGGUUUUUCUCAUUUUUUGGUGAUGAAAAUUUAACCUCUAGUACUAAAAUACAGUCUGCAAUAAAUGUAAAAAUUGGCAUCAUGUUGGAUCAGUCUACAUUUUACCAGAAAUUAAUCAUUCCCAAAUAAUGUCUAAUUUAUAUAUCAGUGCAGGUUUGAAAUGAAACUGUUUGCUACAAUCAGCCUUUGCUGUAGCACACAUGCCACUGAACCUACUCGAAAAUAAAGUUGUUCUUCUUA